CUUGAGAAGUAUUAAAGUUUAAAUUUUGAUUCUUUCUUUGUGGGUCUUUCUUGAAAUAGAAAACUGAGAAUUGGGUUUUAUUUAGUAUGUUCUGAAAUCAAACAGAACACAACAAUUCCAAUUGGUUCUUUAUAAAUAAAAAAUCUUAUAUGCUGUUAUGAUAAAUUUUAGGAGCAAAUGUAGCUAAAGUUUAAAUUUUGAUUCUUUCUUUGUGGGUCUUUCUUAAAAUACAAAACUAAGAAUUGGGUUUUAUUUAGUAUGUUCUUAAAUCAAACAGACCACAACAAUUCCAAUUGGUUCUUUAUAAAAAAAAAUCUUAUAUGCUUUUGUUAUGAUAACAUUUUAGGAGCAAAUGUAGCAGUGAAGGUUCCUGUGGCUCUGCAGGAAUCACUAUCGCUACCAUGGCGAAUUACGCAAUACAUAUUUCCCUGCCCUUCGUUACUUUUAUCGGAUCCAUGGCAACCUGGAAUGCUUCCAUUAUUUUCUUCUAGAGUUGGUUCGGCUCCAUCAUUGGAUAUAAAGAAAGACAAUUCUUUGGGGGCAGUUGGAGGUGACCCCAAACCAUGUUGCAAUUGUUUGGGGAGAGAUACAAUUGCAAAUGCUGCCGCUAGGGUUGGUCCUGCUGUAGUAAAUCUUUCGGUUCCACAGGGGUUCUAUGGCAUUACUAAUGGAAAGAGUAUAGGGUCAGGAACUAUAAUUGAUCAGGAUGGUACAAUUUUAACAUGUGCUCAUGUUGUGGUUGAUUUUCAAGGCAUGAGGGGUUCAGUCAAAGGAAAGUCUCAUGCUUCACAGAUUCUUGGUUUUAAAUUUCAAUAUGAACUGAUUCCAAUUUUUCCCAAGUCUCAUGCUUCACAGAUUCUUGGUUUUAAAUUUCAAUAUUAUCAGCGUAUGGAAGUAAAUAGUCCUAUACCGCAAGAUUCUUGGUUUUACAUCAGUUCUUUAUCUCAAAGAUAAGGCUUUUAUUUAUACCGUAAGAACUAUUUAGGUAUGUAUCCCUUGCAAGCACACAUGAACUUAAAUUGUCUUUUAAUAUAUGCAUGAUUUAUUAUUUUCCAAUAGUUUUCCCGUGCAUCGCACGGGUUAGCGA